UGUGAGGUUUAUUGCCAGUUUCAUCUGCAGCUGAGAGCAAACAAACAGUGCCCAACACAACCUACCCAGGCCAGUGGCCAAUGUGGUAUGGCCCCAUACAGCCAAACAAUGUCAGAAUUCCAUUAAAACACAAUCAGCAAUACUUGUCAUUGGUGAGAUGUUCAAAUGCCAGCAUGUUCCCCAUCAGAGAGCUGGGGAAAAAAAUAUGGGGAAAAGGGUACUAAAAAGAGAAGUUUCUAAUUAAAUACCAGGCUUUAAGAGCAUGAGUAAGAACCACCAACUCAGGAAUGUGAGCAGAAGGAUGGAGGAUUACCAGAACUGAUGGCAUUAUGGACAGGAAUCCCUUUAAAGAAAGACAGUACUAUAUUUAGAAUAUUGUAUUUAAUUCAUCAACAAAACCACAAUAGUAACUAAUAUUUAUAACUACCCCCAAAUGGGCCUUCAAAUAAAUAUGAAAUUUUAUUAGCAUACACUUGUUUGUACCAGGCACAACAUACUCAGAGGAGCAAGCUCUAUAAUUUAAAAAAUACAGGUCAAAUCAGUUCUUUUAUUUUGAUUUUAAAGGGAAUAAUAUUUCUUUAACAGGAUCUGCUCUUGGAAAAGGAUCAAAUCUCUGCUACUCAAUAUUUCUUAAACAUCUAGAAAAUGGUUGGUGGUAAAUAAAUAGAAAAUGUAAUAAUCUUCCUAAGCUUAAAAAAUUAAACUUAUUUUUCCAAAGGGAAUACUCACUGGGGUAACCAGGCUGUUACAACAGCUAAACAGUUUGAGUGGCCCUGACAAUUCUCUUCCCACUCUCACUGUUGACUGCUAAUCUAAGUCAGAAAACUUGGCCCCGUAUCUCUUUCCAGAUAAAAGCCCAAUCAUAGAAACGAGGAGGGUGCUGGAAUAAAGGAUGCAAUUUUCUAUUACAUAUAUAAGUAGACACAUAGGACAAAGAGAACUCAGUAUGUUCAGCUGACGCCAACCUGUGUAACUCUGGCUUUAGCCUGCUUUUCUGAAUGACCAAGCCUUGUGCAGUCAAACCCUGUGUGAGAGCCCUUACUAAUAAAUAACAUGUUCAUUCAGGGAGGGUCAUGUUCCUGAAAGGGCUGUGACGCUUCACCUAUACAGGAGAGAAAUAAUGUAUGGGCUUCUGGCAGGCCUGCAAGCCCUGCCUCUUCUCCAGCCUUCCUCACAAGUCUGCAGCACACACAUUUUGCAACUCUCUUAGGACAUGAGGUGACUCUGCCUGCUGGCAGCAAAGCUGGGAGCAAAGCUGGCAGCAAAGCUGGCAGCCAGAUCUGCUCCUCCCCUGCGGGCUCGCUGGCACCUCUGCCUUGUGAACAGAAAGGGAGAGUGGCAUUUCUGUUCUGUGGAAAAUGCCAGUGUGAGUUCCCUGCCUACUGGGAGGAAUCCAUGCCAAACACCAGCAUUAGGAAUGCCUCAGCAGUGGUGAAUUAUUCAAUAUUAUUCCAGUACAAUAUUAUUCUUCAAAACUUGGAGUUGUAACAGAUCAGGUUUCAGUACCAGCCUCCACAAAAAGCUUAAGUCGAAGCAGUCGUGCUUACCGAAAAUCAAGUUUCUGGCCCGCUGGGAACUGAUCAGUACAAAGCUGGUAACAUGAGCUGAAGAUGAUGGGGCAGGGAACGGGCACAGAAAUGCUCUGAAGGAAGGUGACAGUGUGUGAGUUGUGGCACAGUGCCUGCCAGCGCACCUGGCCUGUGCUGGACCUGGCACAGACAGGAGCAGGUCAGAGGGUUUCUAUGGUCUUUAGCAAAUGUGAGACGAUAUUAAGGGGAAAGUUGAGUCUUUGUUCCUUUCCCAGUCUUUUGUAUCAUGCAGAGCACAAAAACUUUGACAUCAGAUUUGAUUACUUCAAGCAUUUAAGAAGUUGAGAAACUCAAGUGAUGCACUGGUAUCUGCCAAUCAGCUUGUCCUGGGAACAGCUGAAGGAAUCCCGCAUGUGUGUGUGUGUCUGUGGAAGUUUAUAACCAACCACGGUGAAAGAAAGUGGAAGGUUUAUUAUUUUCUGGAUAGCGAAUAGUACCGGCAAUCCCCGGGAUGCGGGAGCCCGGGCAGUGGCAGCGGCAGUCCCCGGGAUGCGGGAGCCCGGGCAGUGGCAGCGGCAGUCCCCGGGAUGCGGGAACACGGGCAGUGGCAGCGGCAGUCCCCGGGAUGCGGGAGCCCGGGCAGUGGCAGCGGCAGUCCCCGGGAUGCGGGAGCCCGGGCAGUGGUACCGGCAAUCCCCGGGAUGCGGGAGCCCGGGCAGUGGCAGUGGCAGUCCCCGGGAUGCGGGAGCCCGGGCAGUGGCAGCGGCAGUCCCCGGGAUGCGGGAGCCCGGGCAGUGGCAGCGGCAAUCCCCGGGAUGCGGGAACACGGGCAGUGGCAGCGGCAGUCCCCGGGAUGCGGGAACACGGGCAGUGGCAGCGGCAGUCCCCGGGAUGCGGGAGCCCGGGCAGUGGCAGCGGCAGUCCCCGGGAUGCGGGAACAUGGGCAGUGGUACCGGCAAUCCCCGGGAUGCGGGAGCCCGGGCAGUGGUACCGGCAAUCCCCGGGAUGCGGGAGCCCGGGCAGUGGUACCGGCAAUCCCCGGGAUGCGGGAGCCCGGGCAGUGGCAGUGGCAGUCCCCGGGGUGCGGAGGGAGCGGGGCGCGUGCUCGGUGUCCCGGCAGAGCCGCCCGGUGGCCGCAGGGUGCAUUGCAGGGUAUCCCGAGCCUCCGGCCGCGCCGGGAAUGCCGGAGGGGCGAGGAAAGGGCGUGGAACAAACCUGAAGAGCGGGAUCUGCCUGAGGGGUUUGAUAAACAGAACUUCAGGGCAGGAUGCACGGGCAACCUGCUGGAAAACCUGAGAUCUGUUGAAGGCUGAAACUUUUUGCAUGAAAGGAGGAAAAUACAUUGUUUGCAUUGUCCCUGUCAAAUGAGGAUCGAAGCCUCUGUCCCAAGAGUGAACCAGGGAACUUCAGAGCUUCUGCAGCUGAUCUUCCAGACUUGUUGAGGACCUGUCCCUGUGCAGCUGCAGUAAGAGCUUGGACAGUGUCUAAAUGUGUAACUGUGAAUUCAGAUUUGGCUUCUGUUCUCUCCGAGCUCUCUUAAUAUUUCUAUUCCUAGGUCUAACAGCAGUAUCCUGUGUUUGCACAUAAAGUAAGCAGUGUACAUCUAGUAACUACAGGCUUUGAAAUUUGGUCUGUAAGGUUCCAAUACAGACCUAUCCUUUGGGCAGACAUGAACUGUCAACUAUUUGUAAUUAUCUUGCUGACAGAAGUAUUGUGUGGGUACCUGUUCUUGCAGCUGAGAAAAGCAAACUCUACACAGAGGGGAUACUGACAGGUAUGAGCAGAGCUAAAUCUCAGGCAGAGGAUGGGUGCAGUAAAUAUAUACUCAUUUCAGAGCUGUUCUAUGAUGCUAUGAAGCUUGUUUAUGUAAUCAGAUAACUGAAAUAAUUUCAACCCUCCCCUUAAUGAAGGUUCAUGCCUCAACAAAAACAAAAGCUCAUGCAGGGCUCAGACUGACAGGCUAGUGGGUGAUGAUUACUUUUCCAAGAUUUUUCUGUCUGUGGGAAAAGAAAGAAGUAAGACCACAGAUGACAGGAGACAUCAGAAAUAGGUUCAGGAGCUCUGGGAUAGAGCAGUUCCCGGAGCAGGAACAACAUUCAGGAAAUCAAGAAACUGUUGUUUGAAGAAAUGGUCUCCCGUUGUUUGACAGAUUUCCUCUGCAUCCAAGGAACUUUUAAAAUAAGCAUCAUUCAGAAACACCUGACUGUAUCAUAAUUUCCUCAUUCCUAAUGAACACAAUCUGCAAAGUUCUGCUUUAACUCUCUGACAAUCAGGUCAAGAGGGGGAUUACAAAUUUUCAGCCAUUUCUGUUUAAGGCUGGAUUUCUGUUAGUGGUCUGUAAGAACAAGAUUUCCUAGUGUGUUGUCAAUCUUCUGACCUAUCCAGUUGCCACUUUUUACUUCUGCUACAACCCUUCAAAAUAAGCUCUGGACUCGGAAACAGGAUAGUUUGCUCUAAGUCUCUCUUUUAAUCUUCCUUUCUCACCUCUCCUUUUCUUUACAAAUAAUUUCUUUACUUGUAUGUUCAAAGAAAAAACUUGCAUUAAUUUCGACUAGGAGAGCAAUAUUUAGAAUUCUUUUUACAGUGUUGUGCUCCUGGCUUUUGUAAACAAUAAUAGAGAGCAAUUUAAAAGAUAAUUUAAAUGCCAGUGCUCUGGCAGGGCAGGCUGAGGAUAUUCCAAAUCCACAAAGAAAUGUAGUUUAAAUCUGCAUGCAGAUUGGUAAAAAUACAGUACUGGUUUACUGAUUUUAUGAAAUACUUGUGUGGAAAACACUGUGCUUGUUAUUAAAAAAACCCAAAAGGCAACCAGCCAAAAAAGCCCAAACUGUACAAGAAUGUUGUUAUAUCUGGAGUGGUUUUUUUCUUGCAAACCCUGCCAUUUCAGUUUGUGCUAGCAGGCACUGCUAGUUUGUUAUACAGGGAGAUGGACUCACACUGUCUUGCAAGGAGAAUGGAACCUCUUUGAAGUUUUCUAAAGUUUCUCUCUUUCUGCCUCAGAGGACACAGUGCAGCUGCUGUGACAGUGAGGCUCAGAGCUGUCACAUCUCCAGGCAGCUUAGAGCCGUCACAGGCUGUGCCAGAGCAGCUCUUUGCUACUGCUGCUGCUCUUCCUAACAUCUCUAAAUAUACUAAAGGAUCUAAAGAACUGCACAUUUUAGGGAAGAAUAUGUAAAUCUGCUCCAACCCUUUUCUGUCCUCCUUACUAUGUCACUUCCUCAUGUAAGACUCUUGUUUUCUUUGGAAAACUUUCCUUUCACCUCUCAAAAAAAAAAUUGCCUUACAUGUUUUGUCUUGGUGUUCUCUAGAUGCAUGGGCCAGGACCAGGUGUGAGUCUGUGGUUAUAAAACCAGUUUCAUGCACAAAGCAGCACGACUCAGCUUUGUUCUCUGAAAAACCAUGAGAAGGCAGAUGUCAGGGUAGAUGACUGAAAAAUAAAGUCAGUGCUGGUAAUUGUGUUCAUUUUCAACAACCAUCAGUGAUCUGAAGACUAGAAACUUUUUUUUUUUUUUUUCUCAAAGUGGUAGAUGAGGUCUUGGUGUAUGAAUUAGGUUCCAGAACUGGAACCAAAUAUUGCAGUAAUUUUUCCUCAGCUCUGGUAAAGUUAGCUUUGUUACUUUCCAUCUCUUUAAUAACCUCCCAGCCUUGGGCACGUGAGAGAGUUUUUGGCCAUCCCGUUGGUGUGGUUUUGGGACUGCAGUCAGUGGGAAGGCAGUCAAACAGAGAAAAGCCUGCCCUAAGUUACACCCUCCUACUGCAAAGGCAGCUGCCAUGCACCAGUCAGUUCCAGCACUGAGAUCAUUAAUUCUGCUACUGAUAAAGUGCCACCACUAAAGGUUCUAUCUUUAACGAACAAAGCAAUCCCUUUCACUUCCAGCCAAAGACAGCUAUAUAUUAUUAGUUCACUGGAGACAUGGGUUUUUUUUCAAUAUUUAUCAUACUAUAAACACAAACAGCACACCUCAGAAUACUGCAGGACACUACGAAUUAACUGUGCUUUUUCAUCAUAUUUGUAUAGUGUAUUAUGUUAAUUGUUUAGAUUUAAGGCAAGCUUUUUGAUAAGGUGGGUUAUUUAUUCCAUGUAUUUAACUUCUAAGUAGCUUGAAGGAAAAAGUCCUCCCAUUACAGGGGACAAAGAAAACCAAUUAAAAAAAACCCCAACACAUUAAUUUUAAAGCAAAUAGUACCUAUAUGAGGCAGAAAUUAUGUAUGGCAGAAAUUAUUCUAUCAACUAAAAUACAUGUUCAUGGCUCCACUAUAAAUAUGAAUAUGCAGCAGCACUGAUGCCUCUGGCACUGUCACCUAAUUCAGUCACAACUAAACCAUUGUGAUGACAACUCUCAUUUGGGAAACUUCAAAAGUUAUUGGAACAAUAAUUGUG